AUGCCUUCAAAGCAACUCAGUAGAAAAGAGAGAAGGAUGCUCUAUACCUCACUGGCUGGAGAGCUGGUGAUCAUGGCCGGGACCGUCAUGCUGGCUUACUACUUCGAGUACACCGACACCUUCAGCGUUCACGUGCAGGGCUUCUUCUGCUACGACACCACCUACACCAAACCGUACCUGGGACCGGAGGACAGCAGCGCCGUCCCGCCCGUGCUCCUCUACGCUGUGGUGGCCGGACUGCCCACGCUGCUGAUCACAAUAACAGAGACAGUGCUGUUCCUGGUCCAGUACACAUCCAAAGAGUUUGAUCGCUCAGAGAAGACGGUAGCCACAGGGGACUGCUGUUACCUCAACCCACUAGUGCGCAGGACCUUCCGCUUUCUCGGAGUCUACACCUUUGGCCUCUUCACCGUUGACAUCUUUGUCAAUGCAGGCCAGGUAGUGACAGGCAACCUCGCCCCCUACUUCCUGACGAUCUGUAAGCCAAACUACACAGCACUGGGCUGCCAGCAGGCUAUGCGCUACAUCAGCCACCAGGAGGCCUGCACAGGAAACCAGGACGACAUCCUACGAGCCCGUAAAACCUUCCCAUCCAAGGAGGCCGCGCUCAGUGUGUACGCUGCACUCUACCUGGCUAUGUACGUGACCUGUACGGUGCAGGCGAAGGGCACUCGCCUAGCCAAACCGGUGCUGUCUCUCGGGCUCAUGUGUCUGGCUUUCCUCACCGGGCUGAACCGCGUGGCUGAAUACCGCAACCACUGGUCGGACGUCAUCGCUGGCUUUAUCAUCGGCACAGCCAUUGCUGCAUUCCUGGUGGUGUGUGUGGUCCAUAACUUCAAAGGCAAGCUACUGCUGAGCGAGGAGUCCCCCAGGGAGCAGCGGCCCAACACAGCCAUGCUGAGCAUGGGCCGGAUGGAGAGUCCUCUGGAGAAGUACAUCGCCUCGCAGAAUCACAUCACCUUCGCUGAGGUCACAUGACGUGGAGUCCGCCGUGUGGCAGACCCAUUGGACAUCCACUCUCUGCACCGUCCAAUCCAAUUAAAUGGAGUGCAACGCUAAACCCAUUCUCUGUUUGUGUCUGGUCUGCGGCAUGUUGUUCUAUGUUGUCUUUACCAGGUCCCUGUUGUCAUUUGCAGCUUCUCGUAUUUAAGUCAGUAACUCAGCAGGACACGUCGCUCCGUGUUCUUCAUCUAUGCACUUACUCUGAAUCCUUGACAGAAUCCAGCUUGCAGUGAGGCAAAGCCUGGAGUUUGUUGCACAUUGUGGGACACUAGAAGAACAAGUGAGGAGCUAAAGUCACUAUCUCAUCUCUGCCUAGGUCAAAUAUGUUCCCUAAGUUUGCUUAUUUGUGUUAAAAAACAUUUUUACAAAAAGAUUGCUAUAAGGAAAACUGUCUUGGUAGUAAAUUCAAUGACAGAGAGAAAAACCCUUGAUUAUGAUCUGUUGAGUUCAUCUCCGUGAGAUUUUUUUAUUGUUGUUAUCACAUCACUUUUAUAGACUGAUAUCAGAAAUUGGCAUUAAAUGCUGGGUCCAUAUUAAUCAAAUUAGUUAAGGUUAAAUUAAAGAUAAAAGAAAAGAUCCCUUACGUACAUGCUUAAUUUCGUGUUACUUAUAAUGCUCCUAAAUGUAAGUGAGCUCCAAAGGUCUUAGGUCAUUCACCUUGUGGAGGCUAAACAAACCUGAGCAGGGUUUUCAAGCAAAGAAAACAACAAAAUCACAUUGUUGACCUAUGUGAAUAUUUGUUCUUUCUUUCUGUCAUUAGCCAAUGAGAUAAUUGGCCUGCCACCUGCAGCUUAGCAGGUAAUUGUUAGCAUUUUCUCGGCUAGCAAGCAGUCAUCAUGUAGUAAGCUUCCUGCAGCACGUGUUUCUUUGUAAAAAAAAAAAGGUUGUCCCUUGAAGAAUAACUUUUCAAGCAAUUUUUCGAAGUGCAGGAUUUGGUAAAUAUGGGCUCAGAACAAAGAAGCAAAUUUGGAAAUCACUGUCUAUGUUUGUAUUCAUCUGUCAUUUUUUUUCCUGAACAUUUCUAUGAGGGUUUUGGAGUGUGCUUACAGUGUAUACUUUAUGCAGGCAAGUCCAACCAAUGAAAACACUAACUGCAUUCAAACAAAACUCUCAAAGGUUUCUUAGAUAAACCAGACAAUCACAACGUCGCCCUCGCUUUCUUUUUCUCUGUUUCUCUUUCAACUUUAACUUCCUUUGAAAAUCUACAAUUGAUUUCUCCCUAUUUUGUCAGAAAUAGUAUUAAUUCAUGACCUGCUUCCUGAAACCACAAAAUAAAGACAUGCUGAGCUGCCUUCACACUGAGCGUUGUGUUAGAAUACUUUUUUAUCCCAGUUUUUUUUAUAUGAAAAUGGCCACAAUUAUUGGUUUCAUCCCACCAUUUUACAAACUCUUUGCUGCUUAUCUCCAGAGUCAGAUGCGAAUGAUUAAUCUCAGAGCACACAAUACAAAAAGAGGACAUAGUUUAGAACAUAGACUGGAUGCCAGAAAACAGAAUAUAUAGUUAUAUUUAAUGUGUCAAAUAUAAGAUAAAAAGAUUAAUGAGAAAUUUCAGAUUGGAGUCGAAAGCUGUAUUCUCUCUAGACUAUAGUGCUAGACUUUGUGGACACAAAUGAUAUCAACAUUAUCAUGUUACUCUGAGCAACACAUUUGCAACAAAAUAUAUCAGAAGUAUUUCCAGGGAGAAUGGUAAAUGGUCUGUAUAUUGGGGCGGUCUGGCCUAGGGGGUAGAGUGGGUGUUCUCCAACAUAAAUGUUGCCGGUUCAUUCCCCACUCUUCUCCAUCUGCAGUUCGAAGUGCCCGUGGCAAGAUACUGAAUCCCUAAAUGGCCCCUCAUAAAUAUUGAGUGUACUCAAAAUGUAAGUCGCUUUGGACAAAAUCCUCAGCUAAAUGACAUGUAAUGUAAUGUAAUGUAUUCAUGUAGUCUUGAUGACCAGUUAAAGCGCUUCACAGUGAAGUGUUUGCCAUUCACCAUCUUGGCCAAGGACGUCCUGGAUGGAGAAAGACUGGGAUCAACCUUCUGUCUAGAGGACGACCGCUCUAACCCCUCAGCCACAGCCACCCCAGGGUUAGGGUUAGAGAACAAUAUAAUAAUGUGAGGGACAGUAAACCAACGAGAAAAUUCACACUUUAAACAUGGAAACAGUUCAUGUUUAGCUUUUGGAUUUGACUUGAGCCUGAACAUGAUCAGAGUUUAUGUUAUCAACAUUACUAGAGCCACUAAGGAAUUACAGAGAAUUAUCACCCAACUAAUAGGCUUUUUCAGCCUUUUGGCCUCUUUGAACUCAUUUGUUUAAUUUCACUGUAGUUUAAGUGACUGAAUGUCUGUCAUCCACAACCACAGAAUGCUACACUUUGGGAUACUACCUGGCUGCUUACAUGAGUUUGUGACUAGUAUUUACUACCAUUUCUGUAUCAUCACAGAGCUAACCAUCUGUCUUUGAAAAUCAUCAAAGACCCGACCAUCUGGUUUAUCUAUUAUUAAGAUUGUACAGGACACUACAUACAAACCAAUGUGUAUUUUUGCUUGCAUCAAUGCUUAUUGAACUUUUCCAGCUGUGUCACUGUGUCAAAACUUGGAAAAACGGGUCAAACAUAUUUUUAGUCAUAUCAUUUUUUAGCUUUCCUCUUGUUUUUGAAAACCUUCUAGAGAGAGAGAGAGAGAGAGAGAGAGAGAGAGAGAGAGAGAGAGAGAGAGAGAGAGAGAGAGAGAGAGAGAGAGAGAGAGAGAGAGAGAGAGAGAGAGAGAGAGAGAGAGAGAGAGAGAGAGAGACUCUUUUAGAUUGUUUUGAUGAAUCUUUCUGCCCCUAGUGGCCAAAAGUGAAUAAAUGCAGCUUUAACUGGUUUAUUUAUUGUCUAUUAACAUGUUCAAUUUGAUAUUAAGUAGUAACUAAUAUUAAUGUUGCUUAAAAUGGUACGCACAUUGUAUAUAUGCAGUGAAGCUAAUCAUUUUUCCUUGUAGCAAUAACUUGUCAGACUUGCUUUCCCAUCGGCAGAGAGGAGAGGAACAAAGUCAAGGUCUAAUUCUGGUACCCCUUCAAAUCUCUAUUUUUGUAAUAAUCACUAAAGCACUUAUGAAUAAACACUUCGGGGAGCAACAUGCAGCACUUUAAAUCAUGCUGUAAAUCCUCUCAUUGCUAAUGAAAUGCCACCAUUGUCUCUGCUGCUUUAAAACAAACAGACUGAAAAUUCAGGACUGUCAGCUCAAAUGUGCAUUGUAACAGCCAUCCUGGCUUAAUUAAAGGAGAAGAGAACUGUAAAAAUAUAUAUGUUCAAAUUAUAAAUAUAUAUAGUAUAACUAUCUCUAUAACCUGACAAACACACAACACAAACAUACACACUCGUCCGAUACACACAGGUGUGUGUUUAUGUGUGUCAUAUUCUACAAUAAUGCUGUCUAUUUUCGUAUGACUGUGCACUGUGUGAGUGAUCACAAUAUCUUUAAGCUGUUAUUACUUCAUGUUAUUUUACUGAAAUGAGAUUUCAUGUUGCUGUUCAAAGUUACAAUGACAUUUUGAUUCUGUGUUUUGUGAGUAGUGACAUUCAUGUUUGUUAUGUUCAUAUUUUGUUCCUUAGUCUACCAAACAUUUCACAUUUGUCCUGAAAUGACUUUGUUCUGAGACAUAAGCCACAGAUAUUUCUUAACUGGUGGUUUUUACCUUUGUUCCCUUACGCUGUCAUGUGAUUUGUCAUGUGAUUUAUAUAUAUAUUUAUAAUUUUUUUUUCUUCUAGUGGAUCAUUUUGUAUGGAUGUUGUUUCUCUCAUUCUAUCCCUGUUCUUUUUAUAUAAUGCAUAUUUCUUUAAAAAACAAAUGUUCUUUUCAACUUAAGUUCAAACUGUGACCUUUUACACUGUAAAAUACAGAA